CAGCGUGACAGGCACAUGCAUCUGCUGUAAUCACCCAACAUCCAGCUCCAUCACAGACAAGGAUCCACAAGGGAACUGGAGGAGAAACAAGAUAAACACACAAGAGGAGAUUCUUUCACAUCGGGAGGAGCAACGCAGCCGACCCCCACCAUGUCGAUGGAAGUGAAGGAGAAGACCGAGGUGCGUCUGGUGUUCCUGGGAGCAGCUGGAGUGGGUAAGACCGCCAUCAUCCAGCGCUUCCUCAAAGACACCUUCGAACCCAAGCACCGGCGCACGGUGGAGGAGCUCCACAGGAAGGAGUAUGAGGUGGGGGGCAUGAAGGUCACCAUCAGCAUCAUGGACACCAGUGGCAGCUACUCCUUCCCGGCCAUGCGGAAGCUGUCCAUCCAGAACAGCGACGCCUUCGCCCUGGUCUACGCCGUGGACGACCUUGAGUCCCUGGUGGCCGUGAAGAGCCUGCGAGACGAGAUCCUGGAGGUCAAAGAGGACAAGUUCACGCCUAUCGUGGUGAUAGGCAACAAGAUCGACCGCCAAGGGGACCGACAGGUGUUCAGCAAGGACGUGCUGUCCACCGUGGAGCAGGACUGGAACCACAGCUUCCUGGAGUCCUCGGCCAAAGACAACAUCAACGUGCUGGAGGCGUUCAAGGAGCUGCUGCUGCAGGCCAACCUGCCCAGCUGGCUCAGCCCGGCGCUGUGCCGGAGGCGGGAGACCUUCCCCAAGCAGAGCAACAAGAGACCUCCCAUGAACAAGGCCAACAGCUGCAUCAUCUCGUAGUGAUGGAGCAGCAGCACAGACAGAGACUGGGAGGAAAAGAGCUCGGCCCACUGGGAGCUGGCUGCACAGAAACAAACAGUGUUAAAUGUUUUAAAGACUCCGAGUUGAAGAGCUCUGCUCCCUCGUCAGCACUGGACCCACGGAUGCUCUGAUGAGGACGAACAUGAGAUGAUGAAAACAGAUUCCAGCUCGAGCACCUGACGGACUGUGGCUGAGCUGCUGGAGCAGUGACAAUAA